AUGGUCCAUCCCCUGCGGCUCCUCCCCGCGAGCGGCCCGGCUCAAACACCGGCGCGGGGGGGAGAAGGAGCUGCUUAUCCCCCCGAGGGUUGUACAGUUCGCCGCCCCUUCAGCAGCGACAGGAAGGAACGGCUCCUCCCCUCUGGGCUAGUCCACGCGUGGUGGGGACGGGGGUGCACGCGCGGCUCGUUCGAUGUGAGCCAUGGCGGCUUGUCUCUUUCGGAGGAGCAUCGCCUCUCAGCUUUCAAGAGUUUUGAACCUGCCACCAGAAAAUUUGAUAAAGUCAAUAUCUGCAGUUCCUGUCUCCAAAAAACGCUAAAAUGUGAUACGGUAGUGAGUGAAAUCAGCACUGGUCCAGGAACAGUGAACUUCACAAUAAAUAGGGAAUUAUUAGCAAAGACUGUGUUGCAGCAGGUAUUUAAAGGUGGCUCAGAAUAUGGAAUAAAAAGUGAACUUUUCUCUACACUUCCCAGAAGAAAGAUAGUGAUUGAGUUUAGUUCACCCAAUAUUGCCAAAAAGUUUCAUGUAGGACACUUGCGUUCCACGAUAAUAGGGAAUUUUGUAGCAAACCUCAAAGAAGCACUUGGACAUCAAGUAACAAGAAUAAAUUACCUUGGAGACUGGGGCAUGCAGUUUGGUUUACUGGGAGCUGGUUUCCAACAGUUUGGCAAUGAAGAAGAGCUACAAUCCAAUCCUUUACAACACCUCUUUGAGGUAUAUGUACAGGUUAACAAAGCAGCAGAAGAAGAUGAAAACAUAAAGAAGCUGGCACAGGAUUUCUUUAGAAAACUGGAGGCACGUGAUGAGCAGACACUGUCAAUGUGGCAACAUUUUAGAGACUUCAGUAUUGAAGAGUAUGUCCGGAUUUACAAGCGUCUAGGAGUGCAUUUUGAUGAAUAUUCUGGAGAAUCAUUUUAUCAAGAGAAGUCCCAGGAAGUUCUAAAGAUGUUGGACACUAAAGGACUCCUUCAGAAAACAAUCAAAGGAACAAGAGUAGUGGAUCUUUCUGAAAAAAGAGACCUCUCAUUGUCUUCCACUGUAAUGCGUAGUGAUGGGACAUCUCUUUAUAUAACAAGAGAUCUUGCUGCUGCUAUAGACCGAAUGAAGAAAUAUAACUGUGAUACUAUGAUUUAUGUGACAGAUAAAAGUCAAAACACUCACUUUGAACAGCUGUUCCAAAUUCUGAAGCUCAUGGGCUACCAGUGGGCAGAAAGGUGUCAGCAUGUGUCUUUUGGGCUAGUGCAGGGGAUGAAGACACGAAAAGGAGAGGUGGUUUUCCUGGAAGAUGUUUUAAAUGAAGCUCGCUCAAGGAUGUUACAAAACAUGGCUUCUGCAAAAACAACUAAAGAACUGGAAAACCCUCUUGAGACUGCAGAAAAGAUUGGGCUUGCAGCGCUCAUAAUUCAGGAUUUCAAGGGUCUUCUAUCAUCCGAUUAUCAGUUUAGUUGGGACCGGGUUCUCCAAAGUCGGGGAGAUACAGGCGUAUUCCUGCAGUACACACAUGCCAGACUCCACAGUUUAGAGCAGAUGUGUAGGAACGGGCAAUCAACUGACAUUAAUACAGCUUGUUUACAAGAUCCACAGGCCAUCUCAGUCCUUCAGCACCUUCUCAGAUACGAUGAGGUACUGUAUAAAUCCUCUGAAGAUCUUCAGCCCAAGCACAUUGUCAGCUACCUCCUAACACUCAGCCAUCUUGCUGCUGUGGCUCAUAAAACGCUCCCUGUGAAAGGCAGUGCCCCUGAACUAGCCCAGGCAAGACUCCGCCUCUUCCAGGCUGCGCGUUCUGUUCUAGCUAAUGGAAUGAAACUUCUUGGAAUCACACCUGUCACACAAAUGUAA